CUUCCUCUGCUCCCUUUGCUGCUCACAUAGCCAUUUGCGGUGGCUGCAUGCAGCAUCCAUGCUUAUUAGAUUAGCGCUUGUCAGGGGAGGGAGGAAUGCAUUGAUGAAAGGUGAUGAUUUUGUAGCUGGCGCCUGGAUCUGAUGAAGGAGAAGCAUUAGUGAGCCUCCCAUCUGCAGACACAGAGAAGUGUGCUGGGCUCUGAUCUGUCUAUCCAGGCUGCAGAAGAAGAAGUCUCCUGAUCUCCCCCCAUCCUGGCCCUCUCCAGGGUGCUGAACCAUCUCAUUGACCUCCUGUAGGGUCUCCACCCUGAUAGAACAUCUAGGAGGGGGAGAUCCACCAUCCCUGUCUCCUGUCCUAUCCACACCACCCCUGGGAAGACUGGAAGGAGCUGAAUUCAUCAUGGCUACCUGGAAGGAUUCAUCCCACUGGAGUGUGUCUCUACUUCUUCCAUUAUUCGUUGGGUUCUGCUCGCCUGUAUGCGUUGAGGUUCCUUCUGGGACAGAGGCCGUGAGAGGACAGAAUAUGACCUUAUUGUGCAUCUCCUGCAUGCAAAGAGAGGAGGUCUACGCCAUUACCAAUGUUGAAUGGUACUAUGAACCCACAAAUGGCAUUGGAAACCGAUCGCUUAUCUACGAAUUUGUUGCUGGAAAGCACACCAAGCCUAAAAGCCGGUUUGAACGUCGCCUUCAAUGGAUCGGGAGCAAGGACCUGCAGGACGUCUCCCUCAUAUUACAUAAUGUGACAAUCACCGAUUCUGGGAAAUUUGUCUGUCAGGUGAACCGUACACUGCAUUAUGAGGCUCACCAGCACUCCGUGCAGACCAGCUUGGAAAUCAGCCUCAUUGUCUCCGAAGUAGCCAGCGAAGAUUUUACCUCGGUCCUCUCGGAGAUCAUGAUGUACAUCCUUCUGGCCUUUCUCACAUUGUGGCUUUUGGUAGAAAUCGUUUACUGUUACAGAAAAAUCUCUAAGGCUGAUGAAGUGACUCAGGAAAGUGUGACUGAUUAUCUAGCUAUACCUUCCGAAAACAAGGAGAAUUGUUCUGUUCCAGUGGAGGAGUAACGAGGCCCAGUAAUACAUCAACAUAGAGGAGGCCAAUGAAGCCAAGAGGACACCGAUCAACCUCCUAUAACCACAGGAACAGGAGUUAGCCAUGCAGAUCCCCGUCCUACGUACUCAGAAACUAAACCGCUCCUUCUAUAAUGCCUUACCUGCUUUGUAAACUACAGACACAUAUUUUAUGUACAUUACGGCUUCCUAAAGAAAAAAAAAACGAACUGGGGUUCUAGUAACAUACAAUAUUGAGAAAUUGGACUGUCACCUUCACAGCCAAGGUUCCAGAUGGCUGAACAGAGUGGAAUUGUCUGAUAUCAGUAGUCGGCGGCCCAGUAAACCCUUCCUGCAAAUGUUAAUAUUAUAAUGUAUGUAUUAUGCCAGGUGACCAAGACUUUGUAUAAUGAACAGAUAUAUCCCAAUAACCUGUUCCUAAUCACGAGAUGUGAAAAUGUUUUCCUAAAAUAUUGUCAGUAUGAUGGGCGUUUUUGUGCCUGCCACUUUUGUGAUGUUCACACAAGUAUAAAAUAGCUGGUUUCAUCUCAUAAUUUAUUUGAUAAUGUGCUCGUUCGCAAGCACUACUGCAGAUAAGCAGCCCGCCAUGGUGGAGGAUUCGGGUUCCGGCCCUCUGCAGGAACACUCACAGCAGCCACCCUACAUGUUCAUGACCAAUUUGUCUCUUUUUGUGCUACAAUAAUUAUUGCACUUUUUUGCACUUGCUUUUUCACAGUUGCUGUGAGAGUGACCAAUGUGGGCUGACAUGACUGUUAUCCAAGUAGGACAGGAAAUGUAAGGAUUUGGUGGUGAUGUCUUCCUGGCACGUUUUAUCUAAUCAGCUGUCACGUGACUGAGCCAAACACUUUCCUAGGAGAAUAAAAAUUGUGUUCUUGAUUUUAAAAUAAUAAAGUUGUGUGCAAACAUGAA